UACAGGUACGGCUUCAAACAGGGAACUAAGGCCAUAUCGAACUACCUGAGAGACGAGCAGCUUCAGCACCUUCUCUCUUCCCCCUACGUCGGCAUUGCGAUUGAUGAGAGCACGGAUCGCGUCCACGGCAAACACAUGAUUCUGUAUGCCACCUUCUUCCGCGGCAGUCACCUCGUGGGGAGUGUACGUGGCCGAUUGAGAAGUCUUAGUGACAUGGAGGGGUGCAAGCUCUACAAGGCGAAGACGUACCCGUUGGACGACGAGAUGCGCCUGGCGCGGUGCAAGCAGUGGUUGAAGCAGAACCACGGCCUCUUUGGAGGCAAGCUUCCUGGCUUUGACUACAACAAAGCCGUCCAAGAGCUGUGGGUCUUCACUGCGGCGAUGAUGUCGCAGUACAAGGACGACGGAUUCCACCAGGGGCUCGCCUUGACGCUGGACAACAACGAGUGGCAGAGAUCUGAGCCCACUCCAUUGGUGGAGCCGAGAGGAUGACUGACUCUGUAGGCUUUGGGGUAUGC